AUGCACUCUGAGCCGUGGCUCGUGCAGCAUCUACCGCAAUUGAGACAUUACAAUGUGCCGCAUCAUCUUCACCAGGAUAUUUACCAUUGUUUGCAUGAAAACGAGGGCAAUUGGAGCAAUUUUGACGCUGUAGCAACAACACAAAGCGCUUCAGAGUCGUCUCCUCACCGUAAACUGCGCGUGACGGCUACAAUGUCACUCCCAGUAGCCUCAAAAGUACUGAAAAUACCUCAUAAAUGGAUAUUUUCAUCGGUAAUGCAUGCACAGAUGCAAUUAAGACAAAAUCAUACUUUAUGUAGCAAAAUGAAGAAGUUAAUUGAAAAAGUCUUUAAAAAAGACAAUGAAAUGCUAAAGACUCAAGUCGAGAACUACAAAGAGAGAGAAGUAGAGAUUAUUAUACAAAGUUUGCACUUGCUUGCAUUCUCCAUUCGAUUUGGAGCAGAUUCAAAUGAUAUGGCGUACUAUGUGCUCAAUACUCUUGGGUCCAGCCUGCGUGAGGAUAACCAGGAGAGUAAUAUUAACGUGGUGCCGAUCUUCUGUAUGGAGCAAGAAAAAUUGUUUUCGAUUGCUUGGACGACAAAGGAGGUUGCAAUGGGAGCUGAGCUAGUACGGCCUUGUGCUAGUAAAAUCUCUUUGAUGGGACUUUGCAAGAAGAGCUAUUGGGAAGCACGUUUCGAAACGGAGGAGGAGUUUGAUUGGUAUUGCGAAUACGCGCAAAUACGUGAGUUACUUGUGUCGUAUAUCUCCAAGACGGCACGGAUUUUAGUUGCAGGAACUGGUACAAGUCGCUUGCCAGCUGAAAUGGCCAAGGAUGGGUAUUCCAAUGUGGUUGCCAUGGAUUACGCUGCCAACGUGAUUACGAAAAUGCAGGUCCGCUCAGAUAAACAUCAAUGGGGAGUUCAGUUUGUUACGGCAGACCUGACGCAGAUGAAAGGCUGGAAGUCGAGCUCCGUGGACUGCGUUAUCGACAAAGGCUGUCUUGAUGCCAUGCUACUUAAGCCUGAGACAGAUGCAGAUGAAACAAACUGGAAGCAAGUGACUCCAGAUUCUCCAGACGACCUCGGCGAUGCGAAAAACAGUAUGCACCAGCUUGCUCGUAUCUUAAAACCUGACGGCUUGCUGAUUUUCUUGACAUUUGGUAAUCCCAGCAACAGAGUACACAUGUUUGACUGGGUGGUACCUGAUCAAAACAAUCUCAUUGAGUGGGAGCUCUUGCAGUGUCUUGAAAUGUCUCCAACAAAUAAUCAGCAUACCUUUGUCACGCGCUUCUUUCUGUUUAUAGCAAAAAAGAAGCUCAAGUAA